ACCGGUACUCUCGGCGUGAAACUGUCGUACGUACGUCCCCUUGUGUAGCGUCUCUUCCUGUACCGCCUUAAGCACACACAGAAUCAGUGAACCAAACAGUUGCCCAAAGGUCACAGUACACAUUCUGAACUGUGCUCUAUAGAAAGCUGAAGUUGGCACACGACUGUGUUCCCCUCCAGUCUUCGUUAUUGCAGUUCAAGCUACAGGCGCACAUUUUAAACUCAAUUGCUAUCAUGGGUAAGAAAGUCUUGAUCGUCUUGACCAGCGCAGACAAGAUUGUGCCCGCCGACAAACCCACAGGCUGGUACUUACCUGAGCUUGCUCACCCUUACAAGGUUCUGGUGGGCGCCGGCUUCAAGGAUAUUGACAUCAUCAGUCCGAAAGGAGGAGUAGCGCCUCUGGAUCCUGGCAGCGCUGAAGCUUUCAAGGAGGACAGCGUUUGCAACUGGUUUCUGGCCGACGCCACAGCCAAGGGUCUCGUCGCGAAUACGAAGACACCCGCCCAGGUGAAAUCCAGUGACUACUCUGCCGUGCUGUACCCGGGCGGCCAUGGCCCCAUGUAUGAUUUGGCCACCGAUGCAGCAGUGGCAAAGAUCACAGCAGAAGUCUACGACAAGGGCGGCAUUGUGGCGGCUGUGUGUCACGGACCAGCGGGUCUCGUUCCCGUUAAACUGUCUAAUGGAGAGUCAAUUGUUAAGGGUAAGAAUGUGACGUCUUUCACAAACGCCGAGGAAGACGCGGUUCAGCUGAGUCAAUACAUGCCUUUUAUGCUGGAGACCAAGCUUAAGGAACUGGGUGCCAAUUUUCAACCGGCAGGACUUUUCGAAGAAAAAGUUGUGGUGGACGGUCGGCUGAUUACAGGCCAGAAUCCUGCGUCGUCCACGACUCUUGGUCAGAAGCUUGUGGCCCAGCUCAAGAACUGAACAACGGUGCUGGGGAAAGUAGAAGUAACUUGGAAAGUACGCUCGUGUGGCUGUUAUGAAGGGCUUGUGCUUCCUAUCAAUAGAUGGACUGCUUUGCUUCUUGCCAAGCUUUACAUGUAUUAUUAUUAUUAUUACGUUUACGAAAAAUCUUACCUUUUGCUUGUCCAAAUAAAUCUAUGAGUCAUAGAUACGUUUUCAUUUAUGACAUUAUGGAAAAACAUUGAAAUAAAAAAGUCAAGGAAACGUCAA